CCGCCCAAUUCCACUUCGCCUUCUUUGCCCGUACAAUGGAGGCAGUGCCUGCUUUCCUGCUGAAAUCCUGGACGCCCAAAGGCCGAAUCUUUGCCGUCUUCACUUGCAUGCUGAUGUGCCUCGCCGCAUUAUGUUUCCUUCAGCUCAAACUCUCUAACCCCAAAAACAAAGAUUUUUAUUCUUUCCAAGUCCUGAAUUCCAAAGGGAAGCUCGUCUCCUUGGAAAAGUACAGAGGCAAAGCUUCUCUGGUUGUAAACGUGGCGAGUAACUGCGAGCAUACAGAAAAGAAUUAUCAAGCCCUCCAAGAGCUGCAGAGAGAGUUUGGGCCCAUGCAUUUCAACGUGCUGGCGUUCCCUUGCAACCAGUUCGGAAAAUCAGAGCCCGGCAGUAACUCCCACAUCAACAGUUUCUCGAAAAACACUUAUGGAGUCAGUUUCCCCAUAUUCGGCAAGAUCAAAGUGUUAGGCAACGAGAGUGAUCCUGCGUUUCGCUAUCUCAUAGAUACUACAAAUAUGGAACCUCGGUGGAAUUUUUGGAAAUAUCUAGUUAACCCAAAGGGUCAGGUGAUAAAGGUCUGGCGAACUGAAGAUCCCAUGGCAACCAUCAAACAGGAAGUAUCAGAAUUAGUAGCAAAAAUCAUAUUGAAAAAAAGAGAUGAAUUUUGAAACAGAACAGCAGUAACUGACAACUUGUCUGGAAGCUAAAAAAGGAUCACCGAUCUUAAAGCACUUAGGCUGUAUUUCAAUUUAACAUAGCAGUGAACUUCACAGUUCUGAAAUAUCCAGACACCUGAAGAUAAUGUGAGAUUUCAAAAUGGAUAUUCCGAUCUAAAAUUAUCUAGUCAGGUGAUCAGCUCUUCCUACAGGUGUUUUCCAGUGAGCUUUACGUACAAUGGAGUAAGUAAUUUUUUUUAUGAGCUAAAACCAAUUGACAUUUAAGGUGAUCUGCUCUCCUAAAUAAUAAUGUCUCAUUAUAAAUUUGAAGAAUACCAUUCUAGCUUUGCAGAUCAUUGUCAAAUACCAUUGCACAUACAUCAACAAAUUGUGAUAAUCCUGAAAUCAAUUUAAAUUGUUAUGUGUAAUAAAAGAUAACCACUAAAAAUAAACAGAUUUUCUUGCAAUUGCAUUUUUUAUGCAAGCAUUUACCAUUGUAUAAAUCAGUUGUGAUUCAAAACUAACAUCUUUCUGGUUUCAAGUAUGUAAAUGCAUUGUAUAUCUUUCAAUUAAAGGGUGCUGGAAUAUUUUGUAUAUGGACUCAGAUCCUGCGACAGACAAAACACGUCACAAACACAGAUUACUCGUCACCAUGGUGACUAUUAGAAAUGUUUGCCCUAAAGUAGAUGCACUACCUUUUCAAGAACAAAUAGCUGCACUGCUAAUUUGGACACAUUAUUUCAAUUCUGGAAGAUACAGUUUAAUAGCAUAUUUUGGUUGUGAUUGUUGAUUUAUCAGUAAAUGUUUCACUUUUGCAUAUUUGAGAUAGUAACAAGCAAGUCUUUUUUAUUUGGAUGACAAUUGCCUUAAAUCUCUAGAUAUAGCACUUAAAUUUAAGUGCCCGUUUUUGCAUGAUAACUAUGUAAUAUCCGUGGGUUUGUGUUCAUGUUCACUUCAUAGCGACAUUAAUUUACAGACUGUAGGUUGUACAGAUUACUGUUACUGGCUAAGGGCUAGUUUGAUGUCAUAUUUGUACAUGUUCCUAUGUAUGAUCCAAUCAUUUUCAUUGCAAGUCCCAAGACUGACAGCGUGUGUACCUAAGGAAAAGUUACAGCUUCAAAAAGGUCACAUUCACCAUUCAAAGAAAUGAGUACAGGUUAGUCUACUGUAAUUCAAGAAAAUAAAUUUCUGUAAUGUGCUCCAUCAUGUGUUGUAACACUCUCAAAGAAAGCAUUUUUUCUCAUUGCAGUGAUUGUAUCGUCCUUUUUCAUAUGUUGUAUAUUGAAUAAAAUUGCGGCUGGCCAAGGGUGUGUGGAGACAUUAGUACACGUUGCUAGUUUCUGAUGAUAUUCAUCAUUUACUUGCAUUGCUUACAAAAGUGAUUUAUGAUGUAAAGAUCUCAUGUUUGUUAUUUAAACAGUUCAGUUUGGAUAGGCGAUUUAUCAAUACUAUGAAAUAAAAAUUAGUCCAGCAUGUGCUUUAGAUAAUUUGGUCUGAAAACUUCCCUGAUGGAUGAAAUUGGAUGUAGUUUUUUGGAGCACUUUGAGUUUUCUGGACAGUAACAAUUUUGGACAAUUGUGAGAAAAGCAAAACAUUACUCAUGUCCAUCUUGACAUGACAAGAGGUUCAGGAGCUCUUCUCAUUGCCAUCCCAAUCUCUAGGAACUAUACAGUCAUUCCCAAGUCCAUGUUACUCCUUUUCACUCUCAAUUACUCUUCAGCUAUCCCUUAAAUAUCAUUUUCUCACUCUUUAUAUCACUUAAAUGUUACUUUCUUUUCACUACACUUUAUCCCUUAGUAUUUCCUUCAGUAUUAUACUUGCUUCUAGUUUGCUCUGUGUCUCUGUCACUGUUCUGCAUCUGUUAUUUUCUGUUUGUGUUUCUGUCCUCAAUACUAUCGUCUAGACCAAAAUAGUCAAAAGAAUAGUCAAAAUUGCCACUGAUAUGAGAGCUAGAAAUUGCCUUGCUGAACCUUAAGCUUGAAGUUGGAAGUUAUGUAUUUAUGAUUGGUCUGCUACACCUCCACGGAUAUUGUCAACAUCAAGCCUGGUUACAUAGAUGAGGAUGGGUAUGGUGUAGUCUGCUUAUUGAAAAGAAUGUAUUCAGGAUUGCGAUUGUGAAGUAAUAUGGGAGGGGAAUAUCUCAGAGCACUGAGACGGGGGAAUGGAUAAGUAGAUGCUUUUUCUAGGAAUGUUUGAAUUUCAGAAGACAUAACUCAAGAUAUUACCACACUGAAUUUUGAGACAUUUGUUAAUAUGUUUUUAAAAUGUGAGAGAUUUAGUUCUAGUGAGACCUGUAGCUGUCUUCUGUGUUCAGAAGCUUUCUGUUCAAUGACAGCAAAUGUGAUUGCAACACAGUAACUGUGAUGUUGUACAAAAAGAAGAAAAACCCUGAUGGGUCACACUUUUCCAGUUUAUUCAAUGGUCAAGGUAUUUGAUCUCUAGAAAAAUCUUGGUGGCAGUGUUAUUGUGCAGGAUUCUGUAAGAAAUAAAAGUAUAUAUUUAUGUGUAUCUCAACGUGACUCCAAAUCUCGAGCUUUGUAUACAAUAUCUGCAAAAACAAUAAACAAACUUUAUUUUGAAUGCUUGUUA